AUGAGGAGCAGUGGCCCCUGCCCGAAGGCAAACAAGAGGGUUGGAGAAGCCGACUCCCUAGACCACCUUCGCCCAGAGGGCUGGUGGGAUUACAAUUUCAUCGAGGAGGACUUCCCAUUGCCUUCCAACGAGAACGGUACUCACCCAAGGCCGUCAACCACCCCAACAGGACCUUUCGGCUUCCAUUUGUACAAUAGAUCCAUUUUGGUUCCGAACUGUUGGGCAACUGUUUACGAAGUCCUCCGGUUCGUAGCGCAGUGCCGACUCGAUGGACCGACUAGGUUCAAGAGUUUGGAAAAUAUCAGUUGGGAUGUGUAUUCCACCGACGAUAGUCACAUGCAGGCCGUUCUUAGCAAGUUUACCCGAAGGGUUGAGGGGGGCUUUCGAUUUCUCGAAGAUGCCUUGCUGGCGAGUCGCACCGAAUCUUCCAUUGAGGGCCAGGUUCUGAUUUCUAACAAUGGAUUUCGUCAGGAGCAUCAUAAAUCCGUUGAAUAUGUUUUGAACCAUACGCUUCAAGACCAAGAUCUACUGAGUAUGGAGGCCAUCCUCGGCAGUACAAGGAAGAUCGAGGCCAGCCAGAAGAGCAUCCCCGCGGUCCAAAAUAGUACUGUUCAACACUCUACGGACGAGAAAGUCCACAAUGACAUUGAUCAUGGCAUGCAGAUUGGUGGGGAGGAUGACGGUCCAAGAUUCGGUGAUAUCUUGUUGAUUUACAAUGAGGAUCCGGAUUUCACCCGGGCGGUCCUGGAGCAUGCAGUAUUGUUCGUCGACCAGACCAUAGUUUUCGAGAAAGCUGGCACAGGCAGGUUAAACCCGUACCGAUUAAUCAAUCUGAAGACCGUAUUGCGCGAAUGGCCACCCGCGAAUGUGGGAGCAAAAACAGGAAUAUUCUCCUGGCAUUUGCACCGUGUCUGGUCUUGGGAGGACAGGCCGCUGCUGCGGAACCUGAGCGAAGGCGACUUUGUCAAGCAGUUCAGCCUGUCUGGAUCACCCGUGGACCGCCGCUGGCCCAUGUUGUGGCAGUGGCCCGCCGAGGACAGACGGCAGUACACGCUCGGCGUGGGCGACGACCCCCGUUCGAGGACCGGGGAGGUCGACGAGAUCGUCCUCCUGCAGGCACGACGCUACGGCCUGUGCCGCUCCCGCGCGCGCCCGCGGCUCGUGCCGUGCGCGGGGCGCCGGGAGGCCGGGGGGCCCCCGAACGCCGACGGCCCGCGGGAGGGGCACCCAGCACAAUCGGAAUGGGGGCAGGAGGCGCGCGACCUCGACGACAGCUGGUUCCGCUCAGUGCCAGUGUUCGUGUAG